GGCUUCCGGCCAGCAUGUUAGGUUUCGAAGUCGUCCUCUACGGCCAUGACAAGAGAGGGGAGCAGUCAGGGUCGCAUCUACCAUUUAUUCUCUGUCAAACCAUGAUCUGAAUUCCUACAACCCUGAGGCCGAAGAUAUCUGGUGUGAUUGUGGGAAGUGAGCCUCGCACUUUGUUUCAGACAUACAGGAGCAGUUAACCACUGUGCACAAUGUCGUUGAGGAGAGCAGACGGGGUAUCCCUUAUCCAAGCCCUGGUGAUGACUGUGGCUGAGAUUCCAGUUUUCCUGUACUCUACAUUUGGGCAGCCAAUUUACAGUGGGAUUUUAUAAUUCCACUAAGAUGGUGAGUCUUGAGUUGCUGAUUCAUUCCAUCUUUUCGCAACUGAAGCUAUCUCCAGGGCUGAAGAAGGUUCUUUUUGCAACUGCUUUGGGCACAGUGGCCUUGGCCCUAACAGCACACCAGCUGAAGAGGAGGCGGCGAAGGAAAAAGCAAGAUGCGGAAAAACGCAAGGAGGCGCAGCUGCCUGCUCUGGGGAAAUUUGCACCCUCAAGGAGAGCAACGCCCCCUAGAAGAGUGCAGAGCCCAGGAAGUAAGAGUAACGAUACACUCAGCGCAGUUUCCUCCAGCGUGCUAGGCAGGCGAUCUAGCUCUUCACACAGUCUAACAUCCGUAAGGAAAAUUUCAAACUCUGUUGUUUUUCAAUUAACUUAUGGAGAUGAAACAUUUCUGGGAGGAAGUAGGACCAGUUGGGUACGACCAGCAAACACGCCAAGUCCAGGCUCGCCAACUGAAGCGUGGGAAGCUGGAUUAGUUCAGGAAGAGAAUGAGACAGCAGAGGAUUCCAAUGCUGAGAACCUGUAUGUUAUGGGGAUGGCGCUGUUUGAAGAAGCAUUGCAGAAGUGGGAGCUCGCUCUCACCCAGCGGCAAUCGAGCUCCUCUGAAAAGGAACAGAAGAGUUAUCCGAAGAGCCCUGGAGCGAGUGAUGGGACCGGCGAUGGCUGUGAGGAAUCCCAAAGAAAGGAGUUUUCACAGAGGCUGGAAUCCCUACUUCAUCGAGCCUACCGAUUGCAGGAAGAGUUUGGGGAGACCGUGCCUUCAAACAGCCUGCUGGCUGAUUUUGAGUGUGUUGGUCCACUAGCUCUUCCCUAUCGAGAGGAAUCUGCAAGAUACUAUCUGGAUGAUGAUAUCACUGUGAGUUCGGAGGACUCGUUUGUUUCAGCAGCAGAGCUAUUUGAUUUUUCAUUUGAUGUGGAAAGAUUCAACUUGUCCAGACCAUCUGCUUUAUAUGAGGAAGCUAUGAGGGUUGUUCAGGAGGACAGAGUCUCUUGCCGAUCAUUCAGAACCGAGGUCCUGGAGUGCUACAAUGAUGAGGAUUUCCUGGCUAAACUACAUUGUGUGCGUCAGGCAUUUGAGAUAUUACUACAAGAAGAGGAAAAUAGACUAUACUUCAGUGAAAUUGGAAAGCAGAUGAUCACAGGACUGAUGUCAACUGCAGGAAAGAAUGUAAAUAGAUUUCAUGAGACCUACAAAGAAAUGUUGCACUAUGCACGAAGAGAAGAAACCUGGGAGACGACAGAGCGGGAACUCAAGGGACGAGGGGUUGUAUGCAUGAACUUCUUUGACAUUGUGUUGGAUUUUAUUCUGAUGGAUGCCUUUGAAGAUCUCGAAAACCCACCUUCAUCUGUGGUUGCUGUUUUACGGAACCGCUGGCUCUCGGAUAGUUUUAAGGAGACGGCUCUUGCUACAGCUUGUUGGUCAGUGCUGAAAGCAAAAAGGCGAUUAUUACAGGUCCCCGAUGGCUUCAUUUCUCACUUUUAUUCUAUUUCGGAACACGUCAGUCCUGUACUUGCCUGGGGUUUUUUAGGACCAAAGCAGCACCUUUGUGAAGUAUGUACUAUCUUUAAGCAACAAAUUAUCCAGUAUUUGAAGGACGUAUUUGAUACGGACAAAAUGCGAUACACAACUGUAAAUUUGCUGGCAGAUGACAUUGUUCAGUUAUCGCAGCGUCGCAGUGAGAUUCUCCUUGGUUACCUGGGAAUUGAUGCAAUAAUGACAAUGAAUGGGAUGAUACCUACUGACAAUGGACCUUUGGAAGAGUGCAAUCCUGUGAGAAGGCCAAGCACAGAGGAUGCAACAAACAACUGAGAAUUAGUGAAUUGUAUCUGAUUCCUGGAUGGCCCCAUAUUAAGGAGACUUGCAAGAUUCCUUAUCAGAAUACUCCACAUACAUUGAGGUCGGCUCAUUCUGUUGGGUAUCAAUAUUUUAAUAUAUGGUAUUGGUUGGGGAAAGAUGAAAUACAGUGCCCUCCAUAAUGUUUGGGACAGACCCAUAAUUUAUUUAUUUACCUCUGUAAUCCACAAUUUGAGAUUUGUUACAGAAAAAAUCGCAUGUGGUUAAAGUGCACAUUGUCAGAUUUUAAUAAAGGCCAUUUUUAUACAUUUUGGUUUCACCAUGUAGAAAUUACAGCAGUGUUUAUACAUAGUCCCUCCCCAUUACAGGGCACCAUCAUGUUUGGGACACAGCAAUGUCAUGUAAAUGAAAGUAGUCAUGUUUAGUAUUUUGAAAAACUCCUUUGUUGCUUUAGCAGUAUGUUUGGGAUCAUUGUCUUGCUGUAGAAUGAAUCGCCAGCCAAUGAGGCAUUUGUUUGAACUUGAGCAGAUUGGAUGUGUCUGUACAGAUUUGUUAUGCUACUACUAUCAGCGGGUGUAUCAUCCAUGAAGAUAAGUGAGCCAGUAUCUUCAGCAGCCAUACAUGCCCAGGUAAUAACCCCCCCCACCACCGUGUUUCACAGAUGAAGUGGUAUGCUUUGGAUCUUGGGCAGUUCCCUCUGUCCUUCCAACUUUGCUCUUGCCAUCACUCUGAUAUAAGUUAAUCUUCGUCUCCUCUGUCCACAAGACCUUUUUGCAGAACUGUGGUUGCUCUUUUAAGUACUUCUUGGCAAACUGUAACCUGCCCAUCCUAUUUUCUGUUCAUGAAGUCUUCUUCGGACAGUGGUCAUUGACAAAUUCACUCCUGAAGAGUGUUUCUGAUCUACCGGACAGGUGUUUGCGGGUUUUUCUUUAUCAUAGAGAGAAUUAUUCUGUCAUCACAUGUGGAGGUCUCCCUUGGCCUCCCGGUCGCUUUGCGAUUAGUAAGCUUACCAGUGCUCCCUUUCUUCUCAAUGAUGUUCCAUUGGUAAGCCUAUAGUUUGGCUGAUGUCUCUAACAGUUUUAUUCUUGUUUCUCAGUCUCAUAUUGACCGUUGACUUUCAUUGGCACAACUUUGGCCCUCGUAUUGAUAAACAGCAAUAAAAGUUUCCAAAGGCGAUGUAAAGACUGGAGGAAAGACUAGGUGCUGAGAGCUCUCUUAUACCUGCAUUAAGGAGGCAAUUAAAGACACCUGAGCAAUUACAAAUGCCUGGGAAGCCAUGUGUACCAAACAUUAUGGUGCCCUGAAAUGGGCGGGACUAUUGCUGUACACAGCUGUAAUUUCUACAUGGUGAAACCAAAAUGUAUAAAAAUACCCUUUAAUACAAUCUGACAAUGUGCACUUUAACCAUUUCUUUUUUAUUACAAAUCUCAAAUUGCGGAGCACAGAGGCAAGUAAAUAAAUAAUGGGUCUUUGUGCCAAACAUUAUGGAGGGCUGUGUAGGAUGUUAUUCUUGAGUAAUCAUAUAUUCUAGGGAAGAAAAGAUGUUUCUUUAAUGGAGACCCCAAAGAUCACAAGACUGGGAAUAUGCUCCCUUCCAAUUUUAUUGUAACAUUACAUGAGAUAUGGGGACAUUGAAACAGUUCUUAACCAGAGAUGCCUAGAUGUGGGGGGGGUAAUUACAUUACCUUGUCUACCAGUGAGCCAUUUGAACCAGAAAAUGUGGUGGUGAUCAUUGGAUAUCAGAGUAGUAACAAAUACACUAAAAUGGGCCUUUGUACUCCUGGUUUAAAGAUGUAAAACUUUAUCCAGUGUUCCCUGUCUAAUCAAAUCCCCAUCGCUACUAUUAAAUCAUAGAAUGAUACCGUGCAAAAGAAUCUAUUAUUGACAAAACUAUCAUUGUUGCACAAAAAGAGCACUGUAUGUGAAACUGAAAGCACUUUUAAAUAAAUCAUUCACCUGAAUGAAAUGAAAAAUGAAGAAAAUAUGAAAAAAAUAGAAAAAGAUAUCACCAGAAUCUGCAGAUCAAUACUUUUUUUAAGGAAAUAAUUUGAUCGUUCUUAUGAAUAAUAUCCUACUUGAUAUUAUUUCUUGACCUGUGCCAACCAAUCGCCCUCCAGUUCCUGUGUGGGUCUGUUGCCCUAAACAAUGUCACUGAGGAACAAACAAUGGAUUGUAGACUUUGGAAGACAUGGAUAGAGGACAUUACGAAACGUCACCUAUCCUUGACUUCUCGAGAUGCUACCUGACCCACUGAGUUACUCCAGCAUUUUGUGUCUUUUUGUAAACCGCCACCUGCAGUUCCUUGUGUUUGGAUCGUAGGCUUUACUUGUUUCGGUAUUUUACAGGAUAAACGUGUUUUCCAACAGGAUUUUAAUGUUCCAUAAUAAAAAAAGCAGCCUGUGUUUGAUGUUAUAAACGGCCUUCUCAUUUUUUUAAAUUGCCUUGCCAAAGUGUAACUAGGUACUUGGUAAUUAUUCCAAAAGGCAGAAAGGGAUUGUAAAGAGUGAUUCUGCUUGUGUCAAAUAGAAUUGUUGCAAAUCUCUCAGAUGCAGUAACACAAAUAUAGGGGGAAAAAACAUAAUUAUUACCCAUGUAGUAUAUUGACAUCUAUAUCUUAUGAUCAAUAGAUGAUGCUAAUGCUAAUUAGUACUUUAUAAUUUCAGUUGCUGUGUUGAAGAAAUUUGGAACAAUUCUAACUGCUGCAAGCAGCAUCAUUCCCUAGAAUCCCAUUUCUGUCUUUUGGAAGAAUUAACUGUCCACCGCCGCUCUCAAAACAAAAAAAUACUUGCUGUAGGGAAGUGUGAAUUUCUUUGUGGGAGUUGGGAUUAAUGUUUUAAUUUUGCAUUUUGUUGGAACUUCCCAUGUGAAGCCCAAUCUGGGUUCCUUGUAAACGAGUCUGGAGAUAAUCUGCUGACUUCUGGAAAACUGAAUGAAUCUAACCAAUAUUCCUUAUUUACCAUCAAAGUUCAAUAUUGUCUGAUAAUAUAAAAUUCUUUGAUAUAUUUUCCAGAAUCAUAUCUUGGUUACUGAAGGCUUAAGGCUCAACUAAGCAAAUCCAUAAUUUUUUUUAAAAGAUUCAAUUUGUGGGGCUCUUUGGAUUUCCUAUGCCUCGCUAUAAUGGUGCUUUCCCAGAUGUCUCAAUCACAAUGUGUUUAUUGUCAUACAACACAGAAACAGGCCCUUCAGCCCAAAUCAUCGAUGCCAACCAAGAUGCCCCAUCUAAGCUAGUCCUAAUUUCCUGCGUUUAGUAUAGAGUCAAACACACAUGUUUAGGAGAAUUGGAAAAAAAAGUGCCAACUGGUGUUUAAAAAAAAAAAAAUAGAGUUGACGGUGUAAUGGUUGGAAUCGAAAGAAAUAUACCUUUUGGUUGUACAAGACCUAAUGGAAUUAAGUAUCUAGGUUGUCAUAGUCAAUAUGGACACUCCUUAAAAUACAAUUUCCUCAGAUGAACUCGCAAAUCAAUCAGGAAAAAUGUUUAUCUUUGGUCAUAUGGUUGGUAUAAGAGCUGUUUGAGAUUUGGGACUGAAGCUUGAGUAUCUGGUAAACAAUAACUAUUAAUUGCUGUCUUAAAGACUUUUAAGAAGCCAGGUUUGAAAAUGUAUUUCAUGUCACUUGUAUGGUCAGAAGUUCUAUUCUGCCGUUGAAAUUUGAAUAACAACAUUAUUGAGAACAUUUUCAAUCUGCAUCUUAAUGCAAGGUAUUUCUGCCAUGGGAAUGCAUGGUUGGAUAUGUGUUGGAUACUUACAUUGUGCUCGCCAAACUUGAACAAGGUUGAAUAUUUAACUGCUUGUACUAAAGUGUCGAAAUAUGCCCUGCCCAUAAAAGUCUUAAUAACAGAAAAGAAUAAUUUAGUCAGUCGAGAUUAGAUUUAUUUUCACGCUUUACAUUUAAUGUUAUUAAUGUUAUUUGUGACCCAAAUUGAAUUUUGAUAUUCUCCAUCCUGCCCCCCCACCCCCCCUCAAGUUAUUAAUGAAACAUAAGAGUGAUAGUGAAUGGAUAUUUUUGUGUGACAUUGGUUAAGGGAAUGAAUUUUGGCCAGGGCACUGGGGAAAACUCCUCUGCUCCUAUGAUAUCAAACAGUGAUGGGACCCUGUUUAACAUUUUUAUUAGCUGGCAUCACUGAUGGUGCGACACUCAUUUAAUCCUGCACUUGGAUAUAUCAGCCAAGAAGAUGUGCUCUGGUUUGAAAUAGUAAGGAAUCAAAGAGGUGGCCAUUACUGUUCCACUGGAUGUGCUUUUGACAAUAAGCCCAUUUCUGACCAUCCCAUUCAACUUUUAGAAACAUAGAAAAUAGGUGCAGGAGGAGGCCAUUUGGCCCUUUGAGCCAGCACCGCAUUUUUGACAAUACCUACCAUUAAUUUUUAUCCAUGCAUUGCUGGCUUGGGCCUGGCACCGUUGUUGUUAUGCAGCAUCAAUACUUUUUUGCCAAAUCCUGUUGGAAAGGAGGAUUAGCCCAGCAGUAAAGCUUGCAAUCCUGUAAUUUCUUCCUUGCACAGAGAUCGCACGUUUUAAGUUAUUCGUGCACGAGGCCCAGUUGGUCUGUGUUCAAUCAUUUUACAUGCAGCUUAUGAUACAGACUAUUUUAUGAAUCACUUCAAAUGUUUUGCCUCUGUUUCCAAGGAUAUCCUUUCCUAAUAUUAUACAGUCUGUGCAUGCAGAUUUAUCUGAUGUUUGUCUCUGGUUAUUAUUUACCAGUUUAAAUCAGUUGGUCAGAAGACAACUGAUCAUUUAAACUAAUGUUGCAAAAUUAGCCUUUUCAAUAUUAUUUACUGUCUUGUACACCCUUGAGAUUUCUUUUAAAGUUAUUAUUUUGCAGGAUGGAAAGUGUGAUUUUUAAGUUUUUUUCAUUAAUUCAAAGACCUUAUCACAGGGAAUAGCUUCAAGCCUUUUACUGCACUCCCUCUCUGAGCUUUGAAUUUCUUCCUUGUGUUUCUGCAGUCGGAAAUGGAUGAGGUGCUUACUCAGUGGUCUGACAGAGGUCUGUAAAAUAUAGUCGUAACAUCCUCUAACUUGUAUUUAAUUGCUUUGACCAGAUAAUUUAACAUUGUUCUGAUUUAUGCUGCCCUACUUCAGUAUGACAACUUUAAUAACCAUUACCAUUAACCUGCUGAGAUUCUGAGACCAUAUCUAUUUUAAUAUAAUCUGUGAAGUGUGCACACUGGAGCACAUUUUAGAAUGACCCCUGAGCCCAUCAAUGUGCAUCAUUCAAGAAAAAGUUAAGAUAUUUUUAAAAAUUAGUUGUUGGCACUUCUGCUAUUGGAUCCUAUUCUGCCAAUGAGCACCCAUGAAUUUACAAAAUUGUGGAGUGGCAUCUAUAGCUUAAUCUACUGCUAUCAUUUUUCCUGUUAAUAAGAGCCGCAGAUGCCAUUGGAUCUAAUGUUGAAUUCCAAUAUAAUGUAUUUUAAUUAAACAAAGAGUUUUGUAAGUUGGUUUUAAAAAGUGAUCGUGUCACAACCAGACAAGGAAAUAUGAGGGUUAUUGAUAUUUAAAAGUUUAUUUACAUUUUAAAUAAAACUCAUUGAUCCACAGACCCUUAUGUGACUAUGCUUGGUGACAUAGUGUGUGAAAUUUAUGUGACAUGGUGAAAAGAUAUUCCAUUUUACUACUUCCUGUUACUCAUUCUGUGUGAUCCAUGUAUUAAUUGUGCCUUGUUGUGCUUUGCUUUGUAACAUCCGAGUAUGAUUUGUGCAUUAAUACCCAGUCUUGGCAUGCCUAUAGCCCUUGGUUUGUGGUCAGUGAGAACAGGGAUUACUGUAUUUUGUAACGGGGUUUUAUACCUAUACCUUGUAGAGGGCAACAGAAAAAUGUAACCUGUCUCUUUGGAACCGUAAUUAAAUCUUGCAACUUCUGAAAGGAGAGGGUGGGAGCAAUAAACAAAAAUAGUGAGAAAAAUCAUCCUUGAGCCAUAUUAAUGCACCACCUCACGAAUGGUAUAAGAAUUGGUCAGGAGCAAAUAACUUCUUCACUAGGUUGGUUUGUAGCUCAGGAGUAGAGAAUUAAAUAUGGGGAAACUGUUUUGUACCUGUAAAUGGACAGUCUGUACAUGACAACCUGAUGUUGCAGGUGCAUUGAAUCUCAUUAUUAUUUUCAUUUAAUGUUUUUAUUGUGACCCUUAUUAUCUGCCUUUAUCAUCUCCUUAUUAAAUCAUGUUCUUAGUUUAUUUAAAGAAUGUCAUGUAUUGGGAAAAGUUUGCUGAAAUGCUGAGAAUUUAAGCAAAAAGGGAUCCAAGAGGUUUAAAGGUGUUGCUGAAUCAGUGCAUGAGGAAGGUCUUAACUAAACGAGAUGAACAAAUUCACUGUAAAGGUAUUUGGCACGUGUUGCAACAGAUCAAAACCUAUUACCAUACCCCUAGUAGACACACCAUUCGCAAAGUUUCUUUACCAGCAACAGCAAAUCUGGACAUGUUGAACUGAAAAUUUCCAAAAUCUAAAAGUUGUGAGGAGCACGCACCACAAAGUGAACUAUUAGUCUUAUCUUAACAUCCGCAGGUAUCAACCUGAGCAACAUAAAAUUGGCUGGAGAAUUCAACAGGUUGAGCGGCACCUGUGGAGGAAAAUGAACAAUGUUUUGGGUCGGGAUCCUUCAUCUGGAUUGAAAGAGGGGAAACAUUCAGUUUCGAGGGGAGGAGGAGAAGGACUGGCGAGCGAUGGGUGGAAACAGGUUAGGAUGGGUUAAUUGGCAGAUGGAGUCAAAUCAGGGAGGGAAGGGUGGAAAUUGUGACAGAGGCUGGGAGGCAAAAAAGGGCUGCAGAUGAAGGAAUCUGAUGAGAAAGGAAGGUGAAACAUGGAAGGUGGGAUGGGCAGAUGGGAACAAUGGGAGAAGGAGACCCUAUAGGAGAAAUGUGUGAUUGCGGAAAAGAAUGAAGUAGUUAAGGGAGGGGAAAGAAACUGGGUGAAAUCGGGCUGAGGGGUUUGUUGAUAAAUAAGAUAUGUGUGAGAGGAUCUGGGUAGAUCAGAAGGAGGGAAAUGGGGACAAAGAGGCAGUAGGUACUUGAAAUUGAGGAAUUGAAUGCUUAUGCCAUCAGAUUGUAGAUUACCAAGGUAGAAUAUCGGGAGCUACUCCUCUAGUUUUCGUUUGGCCUUGCCCUGACAGUGGAGGAGGCCGAGAAUAGACAGGUUAGUGUGAGGAUGGAAAGAGGAAUUACUAUGGUUUGCAUCUGGGUUCUCCAGAUGGCCAUGGGGGACAGAGCACUGGUGCGCAGCAAAGGCUGCACUUGGUCUCACAGAUGCAGAAGAGGCCAUUGGCAAAUUGUGAAUAAAUAAUUAUCAAAAUGUAUCCGAUAAUAAUUUGUUUAUUUACAACCAAAUCUAUUGUAAGGGGAAAUUGUGGUGGGGAGGUUGAAGAAAGCAGUGAUACCUAAGAAUUUUCAGAUUAAUCUGUAACGGUUCUAUUUUAGUUUGUGGCAGUUGGUUUUAGUUUGGUAGAUCCAGAGAUGUCUUUUGGUAUUGGUAGAAUUCUGGUCUCCACUGGUGUAUAAGGAUUAUUUACUUUUCCAAUACAUCAAUUACAAUCUUGUUUUCUGAGGCUUUCCCACAUGUACUACUACUGCAGCACCUUAAGGUAGUGUGGAUCAAUUCUUGCAGGUGGAUAGUGGGUUCAGUCUCAUGGCUGCUAUUGAGAAGUCUUCAAUUUAGAAAUUUGAGACUCUAGGGACUGAAAAGAUUGAAGGCUGAGUUCAAAUGUGUGCCUAUUCCUAUUGUUUUUAAUUAUUGUUAUUGAUGUAAAAUCUUUGCCAUGUGAAUUGAAAUUGCAUUUUUAUUAAAAAAAUCGUCCCUGUUAUCCUGUAUCCAUCAAUACAUUAAAACAACAUGAAAU